AUGAAAGAUAAAUUUGGAUUAGAUAUUGCUCACUAUGUUUUUCUUCCUUCAUUUGCAGAAGAUGCUUUAUAUAAAACUACAGGACAAAAGAUUGAGCUAUUUACUGAUGAUAAUAUGUAUCUCUUCUGUGAGAAAGGUUUCAGAGAAGGUAUUUCAAUGGUAAGUAAUCAUCAAGUUAAAGCUAAUAACCCACAAUGUCCUGAUUUUGUUCUAGAAACAGAAGAAGCUAUGAAAAAAUUUUAUACUUGGCUAUUAUAUGUUGAUGCUAAUGCAUUAUAUACUGGAGCAAUGAUGCAAUCUAUGUCAACAGGGGGGCAUAGAUGGAUAAUGCCAGAAGAAACUUCAGACCUUUUUAAUAAAAUUACCAAGUGGGAGAUCUCUGAUAAUGCAGAAAAAGACUAUAUUUUGGAAGUUGAUCUUGACUAUUUAUAUAAAUUACACAAAGCUCAUACUUUAUAUCCUUUAGCUUCUGAAAAUAUCGAAAUUUCUAAAGAGAAAAAGAAUUUUGUUAAACCAGAAGGAGAAUCGAAAAAGUUUAAAAAAUUAGUAGCUGAUCCUAGUUAUAAGUCACAUAAAAUUUUAGCAGAGAAUUUAGUAGGUAUUUCUCGUCAUCAAUCAAAAGCUAAACUUAGUAAACCUAUCUUUAUUGGUAUUUCUGUUCUUGAUGAAAUUCCUGGUAAGUUUAAAGAUGAAAGUUGCGGUACUGCUAUGUGGAAAUUUUGUAGACCAAGACCUAAGCUCUAUAGUUAUAUUCUUGCUAAUGAGAAAACAAAUCAAAAAGCUAAAGGAAUACAAAAGGUAGUAGUCAAAAAAGAACCUUACUCAUGA